GCCCUCCCGUUCCCCGCCCCCGCCCCCGCCUCUGCCGCGGCCCCCGCCUCCGCCUCCCCCUCCCCGGCGCCGCCGCCCCCUCCCCGCCCGGCCCGGCCCCCCGAGCGGCCGCGGAGACCGCGCAGCGCGGGAGGCGGGAUCCGCACGAAAUAAAUCAGGAUGAGUUAUGCAGAAAAACCCGAUGAAAUCACGAAAGAUGAGUGGAUGGAAAAACUCAAUAACUUACAUGUCCAGCGAGCAGACAUGAAUCGUCUCAUCAUGAACUACUUGGUCACAGAGGGCUUCAAGGAAGCCGCGGAGAAGUUUCGAAUGGAGUCCGGGAUCGAGCCUAGUGUGGACCUGGAAACCCUUGACGAGCGAAUCAAAAUCCGUGAGAUGCUCCUGAAAGGCCAGAUUCAAGAGGCCAUCGCCCUGAUCAACAGCCUGCACCCCGAGCUGCUGGACACUAACCGGUACCUGUACUUCCACCUGCAGCAACAGCACUUGAUCGAGCUGAUCCGGCAGCGGGAGACGGAGGCAGCGCUGGAGUUCGCGCAGACCCAGCUGGCAGAGCAGGGGGAGGAGAGCCGCGAGUGCCUGACGGAGAUGGAGCGCACGCUGGCUCUGCUGGCCUUCGACAACCCCGAGGAGUCCCCCUUCGGGGACCUUCUGAACAUGAUGCAGAGGCAGAAGGUGUGGAGCGAAGUGAACCAAGCUGUCCUAGACUAUGAAAAUCGUGAGUCCACACCCAAGCUGGCGAAAUUACUGAAACUACUCCUUUGGGCUCAGAAUGAGCUGGACCAGAAGAAAGUGAAAUAUCCCAAAAUGACAGACCUCAGCAAAGGUGUGAUCGAGGAGCCCAAGUAGGCCUGGGAGCGGGCCCCGCACUGCGCCCGCUAGGGCCUGCUGGCCUGUCGCUGUGACUGACAGAUUUUUACUGCAGUAGAGAACUCUUCCCCCCUUUACUUUUUUUUUUUUGACCCAGCAUCUUUUUAAUGGGCAAACUGGCCCUUGUAAGCGCUGGAAAGCUCGCGGUGAGAGACGGCGUCCAUCUGUUUGGAAGCCUGGCGGCCAACUGCACCACGGCGUGUCCUGAGGUGUUGGCAUGGCAGUGUCACCCAGCGCUCGCUCGUGGGGCCCUGCUCCCGAAGGGUUUGGUGGCCGCCUCGCGCUGUGCUGUUAGGGAAUCCGGUCCAUGUUCAGGCCUCCCAGCCAGAGGUGACGAGAAGCACUGACCAUUGUUUCGCUUUCUGUUAGCUUGUAGGCAACAGCAUUUCCUUGAUUCUCCGAAGCCUCAUCAGGCCUUGGUCUAGAAGUUGGUCCUUACCCCUUGGUCUUUUGUUUGUUCUGUUUUUUCAUAGGAAAGACUAUAAAUUUGUAAAUCCUAACUCAAAGCCUUGUUUCGUGUCAGGGUAUCGAGUUUGAUUUCUUUCCCCUUUCCGUCUGGGCUGUGCGGCUUUAGGGGAUGUGUGUGAGGGGGUGGGCUGUGUGUUUUUUAAUUUUUCAAAUAUAUAUUUUGGUGCUGUA